GCUCUUCACUGAAGAAAAUGCGAGCCUGUGCGUAAAACUCAGCUUACCAGCGGAUGCGCUGCGUCAGCGGAACCACAACGAUGACCCUGAUCUUCAUCAAGUGAACACACGCAAACAUUAAAAAAGCAGCGGGGAGAACGGUGGGGGGAAAGUGGUUGCAUGGCACCGCAGUCGUGCGUAAUGAAUCCUGCGCAAGGAUCACCGGCCUUGGACACAUCGCGUCAGGAUAAAGCCGCUGAAGAAACUGGAGCCGAGGAGCUGGACAUGGCACCCAGAAGGAGCUGUAAAACCAAAGGUUUCGAGCUGCCUUUCAGUGUGGAAUCCCUCAUAUCGGACAGGACCUCUCCGUGCAGCAGCUCCCGCUCCUCUGACCUUAAGUCAGGCUGCGUCCGCACGGAGGAGACAGAGUGUGCGUCACCGAGAGGGAUCUGUGGGUCCAAACUGGAGGCGGUGGACCUUAGCGACAAGGAGAGGACCUGGCUCCAGGAUCCAUACCAUGCACACACAAGAAUCCCAAGCCCAACUACGUGCAACCUGCGGAAACACAAGAACAACAGAAAACCCAGGACCCCCUUCACCACAUCCCAGCUGCUCUCUCUGGAGAGGAAGUUCCGUCAGAAACAGUACCUGUCCAUCGCGGAGAGAGCAGAGUUCUCCAACUCCCUGAACCUCACAGAGACCCAGGUCAAAAUCUGGUUUCAGAACCGCCGAGCCAAAGCCAAGAGACUGCAGGAGGCCGAGCUGGAGAAGAUAAAGCUGGCCGCAAAGCCGCUGCUGCCGGCGUUCGCCUUCCCCUUCCCGCUGAGCGCAGCGCCUCUGUACGGAGCUCGGCCUGCUUUCCCCGUACCCGGACUACUCAGCAGGCCUUACGGGAUGUAUUACUUGUCUUAACUAAUAUCCAGGACGCUGCGUUGGAAAAGCGUUAAUCAAAUAUGUUUUUAGAAAGAAAAUAACAAAUGUCACAAAACAUA